UUUCCGAUUGUCUCUCGAUAGAUACAUUAACGCGGUUGAUCCGGAAAUAAGUACUGUUGACAAUCGGUAGACCGCGGUCACUGAAGACGUGGGGCACCCCUUGGUGAAAAAUGGCCCCCAAAACCAAGAAAGCUGCUUUAGCAGACAUGCUGGAGAAUCUGUCAGAGUCUAACUUUGACACAAGUUUUGCAGCCAUCUGUUGGACCGCAGGGAGGAGCCGCGCGUCCGGCGCAGAAAGUGGAGGGAAAAACGCCUUCCUACAGAUCGCAGACGUCCGGUUUCUACCUUUACCGAGGCUGGAGCUAACCGGGACCAGAGACACUGCAAGACCCUCAGCCGGAGCAGCUGGUGUAGAUACCACAUCAGAUGACCAACACUUUGUGGAUAAAUAUAAACUCCAGCUCACCGACAGAGUGAGCCACAUGGAUCCCAUUCUGGAUCGGCUCCUCGAUAGAGGUGUCCUCCAGCCUGAGGCUUACGAUACAAUCAGAGCUCUGCCGACCUCUCAGAAGAAGAUGAGAGAGCUCUACUGCGGUUGCCUGAAAGCUGGUGCUGCUAGCAAAGAUAUCUUCUACCAAAUCCUUCUGGAAAAUGAGAAAUUUCUCAUUGACGACCUCAAUACAAAGCACUAAAUGUUGGGGUGAAAUCUUUUUUAGACCAAAACCAGUUUUUAAUACAUGAAUAAUUGGGAAAUAUUCAUUGCAAUGUUAUGUCUCUAUGUGGGUUUCCUAUUUGACUUUUGACCAGAUUCAGCAAAUAUGAUGAUCAUGCAAAAAUAAUGAACACAAUUUAUAAUUGAAGAGCUCUCCUUUUUUAACCUCAUUAAUUGAUGUGAAUUAAAACCGAAUUAUAUGAAUUCUGCCAAAUGCUAAAA